CUUUUAUAGCAAAAGUUAAAGUCACUUGUUCCUCUUCACCACUUGAAACUUUCCCACGAACCUCUACAAGCUGCCAAAAGAAGAGCACUGCGACUCAUGCUGGAACUGGGUGCUCAUAUAUCAACUCUGCAAGAUACUGCAAGUGUGCAAUCUGCAUGCAGGAGCCCGCUGCAGUAUCUGUGUUUCUAUCAUCUCGCAAGUCUCUCAAGGUUUCCCGUGAAGAGGAGGUGAAAGUGUGGGUGGGACUUUUUUACCACGUGUUCACACACCUGUGGUUGUUUGUGUCACCAUGAAGCACCAGUCCAUCUCCCGAUGGCUGAGUCAGCUGGGACUGCCGCAGUACUGCACAGCACUGGAGCAGGAGUACGACGGCGUAGAGGACUUGCUCCAUCUCUCAGAGUACGACCUCUUAGAGCUUGGGAUCCAUAAUCACCUCCACCGCCUUCACCUUCUCACUUCCCUGCGUCUCCUCCAGGAACGAGAAAGGAGGCGAGAGUUGAGGAUGAUGGCAGAGGGGCGUUUUGCCAGUCUACCCAGGUCUCUCCAUACACACCACGCCCUGGGAGGAGGCACCGCCCACUCAGUGACAGGACCGACACUGGGGUCUCCCGGCAUCGGCACCUGCUCCUCCAGGAGGCUCCAGGCGUCACUGGCCUCCUCCAUGGACCUCCUCAGCACCAAGCCAGGUCUUCCUCCAGGGCAGGGUCCCGGCCUAUCAGACCUCCCCACUGCCACUCACCAGCCGGUCUCCAUCCACGGAACUCUGCCUCGGCGCAAGAAAGGAGGGACCAACGCCAUCCCUGGAAAUUACACCUGGGACCACAGGGCCAAUUACAUGCAGUCCAGGGUCUGUGGGAACAUGUCACUGGCCCCCGGGCAAACCCAUCAACCCAUGACCUCCCCCUUGGUCCAGAAUAUCAUCGAUGAUUUCCACGGUUACAGGGAGCCGGCUGCUGCUCUGGACGCCACCGUGGACUAUGUCAAGUUCUCCAGAGAUCAGUUCAUCCUGGACUGUCCUUCAGAGAAACUCCGCCGAGAGUUGGAGGAGGAGCUGAAGAUGAACUGUGAGGAGCCCAGAAGCCACGCAUGGUACCACGGAGCGAUACCCCGCCAGGUUGCAGAAAACCUGGUGCAGCGGGAUGGAGAUUUCUUGGUCCGGGAUUCGCUGUCCAGUCCAGGAAGUUAUGUUCUGACCUGCCAAUGGCGAAACGCCGCUCAGCACUUUAAAAUCAAUAAGAAGGUCGUGAUGUUGAAUGAAGCUUACUCCAGAGUCGAAUACCGUCUGGAAAGAGAAGGUUUCGACAGUGUCCCUGCACUUAUACGAUACUACGUCGGCAACAGAAAAUCUGUCUCACAGGUAAUUGGAGCCAUUAUUUUUCAGCCAAUUAACAGAGCGCUGCCGUUACGCUGCUUAGAAGAGAAGUACGGCCUGUCCGGUAACCACAGAGAGGCGGGGCUUACGGCUCAAGAGAGGCGGAGCCAGAAACGCCUGAGCCUCAACAUCACCAACGGACACUCGCACGACAACAAACACAAUGCGCAUGACGGCUCACACUGCCAAGACAACGGCGUGGCCCGAAGCAACCAGCUCAGGUUAAAGGAUCGCUGUGGCAGCCAACCAGCGAGUCUGAAUCAGGUCCAGGAGAGGCGACGCCCACUCAAGGCUCACCAAUCAGAAAGCUUCUUACCUCUCGGAUCGAAGCCACAGCUGCCACAGUCUCCUGACUCCCUCCUGCCCAGUCCUAACCCCAAGUCUCCAGUGUUUCGGACAGGAAGUGAGCCGGCAUUGAGCCCGUCUGUCCCACGGAGAUCAGCAGAGUAUCUAACAGGUCAGGCCAUCCGGGGCUCAGACAGCCAACUGUGUCCUAAACCUCCACCUAAACCCAGUAAGGUUCCUCUGGCUCGCCUGCCUCGCUCCCCCUGCCUCCAGCCUCUGGUCCCACCCUCCUCCACCUCCUCCUCCUCCAACCACACAGACUCCUGCUCCACCUCCUCCUCUGGCUUCAACGCACCUCCUCUGGACUCUGAAGAAACCCAGAGUUCCACACGGAGGACUGGAAAUGCUGCUGGACCUCCUGUACCUCCACUGAAGCCCCAGAAGUUCCAGUAUCACCUCCUCCCUCCAGACUCCCACAGCUCCUCCAGUUCAGUGGUGUCCCCCGACCAGUACCCUGACCCGGAGGUGUCGACCGGACAGACAGAGCGCCUGCAGCCGAGUCCCGCAGAGCUCCGGUCUUACAGUCCCAUGAGGUGGGACGAGACCACCCCGGACCACGGCUCUGACCUCCAGCCCUGCAGCUACGUGGAGAGACUGAAGAGAGACGGGGAAGGGGACGAAGCCGUGGGGCGCAGGGGGCUGGACCGGAGCUCGUACCAUCACGCCAUCGCAGCCUUGGAAAACACCAGCGAGGAAGAGGAGGACGACAUAGGGAGGGAUGGGGAGGAGGAGGAUGAAGAUGAGAGGAAGGAGAAAGGAGGGAGCAGCUUCCAGAGGCCGGUGAUUGAGACGGAGUCUGCGUUCAGGCCGGCGGAGUUCGGAUCACGGCUGCUGCCUACGGAGAACAAACCUCUGGAGAUGGUGGUCCUGAAGAGGGCGAAGGAGCUGCUGCUCAGCCACGACCACCAGAGCAUCGCCAAACACCUGCUGAUGGCUGACUGUCUGGUUGGACGGAUCCUCGGAGUGACCCCAGAGCUUAAAGGUCAGAUGGGCGUGGCCUCUGGUCUGGAGCUCGUCACCCUCCCACAUGGUCGACAACUGAGACUGGACCUGAUGGAAAGGCAUCAUACCAUGGCCAUCGGUGUUGCCGUGGAUAUUCUCGGGUGCACGGGCAGCGUGGAGGAGCGAGCAUCCACCCUGAAUCGCAUCAUCCUGGUUGCGAUGGAGCUGAAGGACGCCGUGGGAGACUUAUUUGCCUUCACAGCCCUGAUGAAAGCUCUGGACCUGCCGCAGAUCAGUCGUUUGGAGGAAACCUGGACGACGUUACGGAGGAACUUCACACAGACCGCCAUCAACUAUGAGAAAAUACUCAAACCUUUCUACAAGAACCUGUAUGAAGGCACAGCCUCCUGUCCUUUGGUCGUCUGCGUUCCUCUCCUGCUUCCCCUCCUCACCCUGAUGGAACGCCCAUCAAUCACACCUGAGGGGGCGGAGCUCUGGGAGACCAGCGACCAGGGCUGUGACAUCAUGCUGCGCCACCUGGAGGCGGCCCGCGACGUCGCACAGAACUCGCAGGGCUACACGGCGAACGCACAGGAAGUAUUACAAGGGUUCGAGUGUGAUGAAGACCUGCUGGAGGUGUUCAAGACCGACUUCCAGCUCCGGCUGCUGUGGGGAAGUCGAGGAGCUGCCGUCAACCAAUCAGAUCGCUACAACAAAUUCAACCUCAUCCUCACUGCGUUGUCCCGGAAACUGGAGCCCCCUCCAAAAACACAAACCCUUAUCUAACCAACGACACAUCCUGACACUUUUAUUAAACCCACUGGCUUUUAACAGCCUUCAACACCUAAAAGCAGCAGGUGUUUUUCUGUAACUUUACAAUCCUAUAAACUACAGGUAGUUUAUAUUUUCUUUACUGAAUUAUUGCCGUUAUUUCCGUCAUCAUUCACACAUUUCACUCACCUGUUCCCAGCGACGAAGCAAUAACGAUAGGUCACAAAAUUUCUCGGAUGUUCGGCGACGGAAAUCUAAAAAGCAGCACAAUCGCACCUGAAGCAGCAUUUUUAAAGGGAGUCACUGACAUUUUUGUGAAUAGUGAGAAGAUGCAAGAAGCUUAAAGGGAAAGAUUGAGAAAAUGAGGGAUUUUGUCCUAAAGAGACUCUUGUUAUUCCACUGACGUCACAGUUUCAUCAAUACAUCAUUAAACUAUAACAGAAGUAAGUGUUGAUCUUCACUGCCAGUGUCUGUAAUUGUAAAAAUAAAUGUACUUACCAAUGUUAAGGAGAUUUUAAGGCAUCAGUCUGCAGCGGUGGAAUGUAACUAAAUACUUUUAUUCAAGUUCUGUACUUUGAGGUACUUGUACUACACCUGAGUACUUGCAUUUAUGCAUCUUUAUACUUCUAUUCUACAUCUCAGAGGCAGAAACUGUACUUUUUACUGCUUAAUGUUUGUCAGAAAGCUUCAUUUUUAGAUAACAGUUUUUCAUCCUGUUAAUGUGUAGAAGUAUAUGGUUCCCCAAGAUCUUAUCAUGAUGCUUUGCUGUAGAUUUAAGUACCCAACAGUUUAUAAAGCAGUUAAAAUUAAAUCAUUAAACAUCUAUGGUGGUAAAAUUUAUCUAAAAUGUGUAAAACAGAAGCUAUUUAUGGUCCAAUUGACUUUUAAUGUUUUAUGUGUAUUUUCCUGUUAGUACUUAUACUUUUAUGUCAGAUUUUGGAUGCAGAUUGUACUUGUCGUGUAGUAUUUUCCACUUUGCAGUUAUUUUUAUUUCAUUCUUCCUUAACCACUGUCAACCUGCUGCUAAGAUUGUUGCCUACAUUUGCAUAAACAUUCAUGAUAUUUGAUGCUAAACUAAGAUUGGUUUGUUGCUGGUUUAACAAGCCAGAAAAAUAAAAACGCCAUUAAACGUUUAAAAAAAUAUAUAUAUAUGGUAAGAGGAUCCUAAAGACUUUUUCCCCUCGAGGUAAAUAAUUCGACUGCAUUUUCACAGGAGCAGUUUGAAACUGAUGUUCUCUGCAUCUGUUAAAAUGAACAUCCCCCCUUUUUAACAGGGAUUUAUUCAAGUUUGUGCAGGAAAAAAAAAAAAACGGUAGAUUUUCUUUCUGCACAAAUACAAAAGGUUUGGUUUAAAAGUUCUGAUAACAUAAGAGUAGGUGUGUAAAUAUUUGGAGCAUUUAGCAUGUUAAUAAUAAGACUGUACAUAUUUUAUGUAGCAAACUGACUGUAAAAAGUGUUGAUGAAUUUUAAUGUUUAUAUUAUGAACUACUGUGGUAUGAAUUAAUAAAUAUGUAUGAUCUUUGAAAA